AUGGACGACUCGUUGGCCGCAAUGGCGAGAGCGAUGGAGCACGAUAUCCCUCUAGAGGAGAAAGAUGAGGGCGGACGGCGCAAUGACGAUGGCCCUGAACGCUUCGGUGACAACGAGCAACGCAACGAGGACGGCCCUGGUGGUCAGAUGGAGAAUGACGAAGAGAUGGAGGAAGCGCGUCGAGAUAAAGAAGACAUCGAUCGACGGUAUCGAGAGAGCAGACGACGACGCACUCGUUCCCUCAUCGGCUCCGACAUCUUCGGCACUCCACCUCCGGCACGCCACAACAAUGACCGUCGAAGUCAAAGCCCCCGUCGUGAGCCGCCCGCGUGCGAUGAAAGAGAAAUCGAGUUCAUCCUUUCCUCCGACUCCUCCUCAGAAGACCCUGACGACAAAGACAUCCAAGCGUUUCCCGGUCGUCGCCACCGACGCCGGCAGUCCGUAGUCCGAAGAAGCCCGCCUGACUGGAAUGACGAUGCCGAUGAGCUCGGUCUAGAGGGCGAUGCUCUCCAGAAUGUCAUGGCCCCAGCCGCUCGCCGAGGUCGCGGUUCUGCCCGUCCCUUCCCGUCAGCCGAUGCUGCUAUCCGAGGGGCCGCACAGCGUGUCACCAGCGGCGCCCAGUCUUCCCUUAGUCGUGCCAGGGCAUUCUUCACCGAGGCACAGCGCCAACAAGCUGCCGAUUCCGCCGCCGCUACCACGCGAGAGACGCUAGAGGGCUUCCUUGCCCCCCCGUCACUCAGCGAGGAAGAGCUCGUGGUGGUGCUGGUCGUGGUGCUCACGGGCGUGGUCGUCCUCGCGGUUCGCGCGGGUCGGGAAGGCGUUCCUGAGUCUGCAAAGUGUUGUGUUAUGUUUCGGUGUUUGUGUUGUCCGAGUCGUGUUACAUGGACUAUUGACUUUUUUUAA